UUGCCGCCGCCUUCUCCUUCAUCUGCCGCAAGCGCGCACGGGUGGUGGUUCGGUUAUUUCCGGUCAUCUAUCCGACGGCACCGCUCACGCUUCCCGCCCCUCCAACCGCUGCCGGCGCGCCGCGCCUCCACAAUCCCCGAAGCAGAGCAGGCAACGCCCGGCACGGUAGCCGGUUGGCCAAGGCAGCACGCCCGCCCCGCCUCGCCGCGCGCGCACACAGAACUCGCCUGCUCGCUUGCGCGCACGCUUGCACUCCCCUCCUCUCACGCGCCCGGCGUGACAGAGAUGACGACGACAGGGCUCGCUCGCCGGCCGACCGGCGGCCGUGUCUUAUAAGAGCACGCGCGCGCGCUCGUCGGUAGAGCCUCGGACGCAAACAAGUCUGCAUCCAAGAAAGUAGGCGCGAGUCGAGUGAGCGGCCGCCGCGGACAGGGAUGGCUGCCGGGCUACUAGCGGUCGCCGCUGCCGCGGUGGCGCUGGCGGCGGCGGCGCUGCCGGUGCUCGCGGACAAGGACUGCUUCGAGAACUGCUUCAAGAACUGCGUCGGCAACGACAAGUCCAUGACCGACUACUGCAACUACGCCUGCGGCAUGACCUGCGGGCCCGACGGCGCGCUCCGCCGCCCCACUGCCGGCGCCGCCCUCGCCGGCCUCCCCAUAAACUGCCAGCUCGCUUGCGUCAGGGAGUCCUGCCACCCUCUCCGAGCAGAUGGCAAGGACAUGGACAUGGAGGCCUGCUACGGGCAGUGCUACCACAGCUGCAAGACUAAGGCCGGCCUGUCGAGGCCUCUCGGCGCCGGCGCCGGCACUGUCCGGCCGGCGGCGUUGCCCGACCACCCCUUCCACAAGAUGCAGGACGCCGUCCAGCCAACGGCGGAGCCGGACCCUGACGAGGUCAGCCGUCGAGCACGGGGACCCCUCCUCCCCUGAUUGACAAUGGCUGUCAUCGGAGUGCGAUAGAUGCCACAUGCCUACGCCUAAUAUCCGAUAUAUCUUGUUUAAUUUGUCGCGGUGACCCUAAUAAGAAACGAAAGUAUCGUCUUUAUCAACAUUUAGUUUGAAUGCGUUUAAUGAUUUGAAAUUUAUAAUUUAUUUGAAUUUAAUGUAUCUUGUUAAUUUGAACUUUAUAAUUUAUUUGAAUUUAAUGUAUCUUGUUAAUCAGUGACCUCUC